AUGGCAGUCUCACGGUUCAUCCUCGCACCACUGGGUGGUGUCUUUGUAGCAACAUCCUUGCUCUACACCUUUCGCCAUACCAUUGCAGUUCGAACGCACGACACGGCGGUGACACUCAACCGAAUCAAGCUGCAGCUCAACGACAUUGACCCGGACAACUGGGAUAAGGAGGGCAAGGAGCGCGUGACGCGCGAGCAGUUGAGGCCGGCCUAUGUUGCCCCUGUGCGACCCUCGGUGACGGAAGAGAUCAAGUCUCGCUGGAACGAGCACCUCAUCGGUGCAGUAGACACAGUGGCCAACGCCAACUACUACGACCUCUUCGCCAACGGCAUUGUCAAGGCAAAGAGCGUCUUUUCUCAGGUCACAUCUGGCGAGUCUUCGUCUGCGGUAGGCACACCACUUGCUGUGCAAACAGCUGCGACGGGCGGCAUCAAGAGCGGCGUCAUCAACACGCAAGGCGUCUCGCUGCGGGCGGAGAGCAACGCAAAGGCAGCAACAAGGGACGCUGUUCGUGGUCCAGGGAGCAGCAUCGGCUCUCGUAUCGCCAGGGCAGUCGGCUUGGAUGCCGAGAAGGUCGAAAAGGUCGUGGAGGCAAAGACCGGACCGGGGCUCGGAAAGGUCGGGGAAGGAUCGGUCGGACGCACUUUCUACCUCGGAGAAGGGACAAGUCUUCGUUGA